AUGUCACGUAUAAUAGUUAAAGGACUUCCUAAAUAUUACACCGAAGAUAAGUUACGAGAAUUUUUCAGUAAAGAAGGUGAUGUUACAGAUGUUAAAUUAGUUAAAAAGAAAAACGGUGAAUCAAGAAGAUUUGCAUUUAUUGGUUAUAAAACAGAAGAUUCAGCUAAAAAUGCUGCCAAAUUUUUUAACAAGGCAUUUAUAGAUACUGCAAGAAUAGAAGUUGAAUUAGCAAAGUCAUUUUCAGAUCCAAAUGUACCUGUAUCAUUUAAAGUACAACGAAGAAGAGAUGAAGAAAAAUUGAAAAGAAAACAAGAACAAUUAUUAGAACAAGAAGAAAGGGCCAAGGAAAGAAAGAAACAAAAGAUAAAACCAACAUCUGAAAUAGAUGGAGAAAUAGCUAAUAAUCCAAAAUUAAGAGAAUAUAUGGAGACUAUGAAACCAUCUCAUCAAGUUAAAUCAUGGGCAAAUGAUGCAAUUGCAGAUGGCCAGGGUGGUCCUUCAAAUAAAGUAUUAGAAGAUGCAUUAAAUGAAGAACCAAGUAAUGAAAUAAAGAAACCUGAAGUGAUAGAGGCUCAAGAAAAUGAAAGUGAUGAUGAAUAUAAUGAUUUUAAUGAAAAAGUUGAAGAUGAAGAAGAAGAUGAAGAGGAGGAGGAGAUGAUUCCAUUAGCUGGUGUACCAGAAGAUACUAUAGCUAAAGAUGAAAAUGUUUCAGAUAUGGAUUGGCUUAAAGCUAGAAGUAUACGUAUAAAAGAAAAUGGUGAAAAAGCUGAAGAAACAGAAAAAGUUGAAGAAAUAAAACCAAUAGAAGAAUUAAAAGUGCGAGAAUCUGAUUUUGACAAAUCUAUCAACAAAAUACAGGAAACAGGACGUUUAUUUAUCAGAAAUAUAUCAUAUGAUGCUUCAGAUCAAGAAUUUAGAUCUUUAUUUGAAAGAUAUGGUCCUCUAGAAGAAGUACAUAUUGCCAUUGACACAAGAACUGGUAAAUCUAAAGGUUUUGUUUAUGUGCAGUUUGUGAAAAGUGAUGAUGCAGUAGAAGCUUUCAAUGCUUUAGAUAAAGAAAUUUUUCAAGGUAGAUUAUUACAUAUACUACCGGCAGAUAAAAAGAAAGAUCAUAGAUUAGAUGAAUUUGAUUUGAAAAAUUUACCAUUGAAAAAACAAAGAGAAUUGAAAAAGAAAGCACAAGCUGCAAAAACUCAAUUUAGUUGGAAUUCACUUUAUAUGAAUAAUGAUGCUGUUUUAGAUUCAGUAGCAUCAAAAUUAGGUAUAACUAAAUCACAAUUAAUUGAUCCUGAAAAUUCAAAUUCUGCAGUUAAACAAGCAUUAGCUGAAGCUCAUGUGAUCGGUGAUGUAAGGAAAUUUUUCGAAGAUAGAGGAGUUGAUUUAACUAGUUUUAAUAAGAAAGAAAGAGAUGAUAAAAUAAUCUUGAUUAAAAAUUUUCCAUUUGAUACUACUAUCGAAGAAUUGGGUGAGUUAUUUUCAACUUAUGGUCAAAUUAAACGAAAGAUCAUGCCACCAGCUGGUACAAUUGCAAUUAUAGAAUUUAGAGAUUCACCAAGUGCAAGAGCUGCAUUUACAAAAUUAUCAUAUAAAAGAUUUAAAACAAGUAUACUAUAUCUUGAAAAAGGUCCAAAAGAUUUAUUCACUGGCGAGCCAACUAAAGAUGAAUAUGUACAAAUUCAACAACCUAGUGAUGUUGUCGAAGCUGUAUCUGCCAAGGAUAUAUUAGAUACUAAAGAUGAUGAUGAAGAUGAUGUGCAAGGUCCAACGGUAUCAAUAUUUGUAAAGAAUUUAAAUUUCUCAACUACUGCACAAGAAUUAUCAGCAUUAUUCAAACCAUUAUCAGGAUUUGUCGUUGCUACAGUUAAAACUAAACCAGAUCCAAAAAAUUCUGGUAAAACUUUAAGUAUGGGUUUUGGUUUUGUUGAAUUUAAAACCAAAGAACAAGCAAAUAUUGCAAUUUCUUCAUUAGAUGGUCAUGUUUUACAAGGUCAUAAAUUACAAUUGAAAAUUUCUCAUAAACAAGGUGGUACAACAACUGCUAAAAAAGCUAAAUCCAGUAAAAUUAUUGUUAAAAAUUUACCAUUCGAAGCUACAAGGAAAGAUAUUUUGGAAUUAUUUGGUGCUUUUGGUCAAUUAAAAUCAGUUAGAGUUCCUAAAAAAUUUGAUCAAUCAGCUCGUGGUUUUGCAUUUGUUGAAUUUAAUUUAGCUAAAGAAGCAGAAAAUGCAAUGAAUCAUUUAGAAGGUGUUCACUUAUUAGGUAGAAGAUUAGUUAUGCAAUAUGCUGAACAAGACUCAGAAGAUGUAGAACUUGAAAUUGAAAAAAUGACUCAAAAGGUUAAAAGACAAGUUGAAACUCAGAAUAUAGCAGCUGCAAGAUUAACUGGUAAAGGUAAAAUUAAUCUUCAAGAAAAAGAUGAAUUUGAUUUGGAAUAA